GAGCCUCAACCCGGAAGUGAAGUUGCAUGAUUUUUCCAAACUUUUCGAAAUGUUGAUGUUUUGCCCAACUUGUGGGAAUGUCCUGGUGGUAGAAGAAGGUCCAAGCUGCUAUAGAUUUGGUUGUAAUACAUGUCCAUAUAUUCACAACAUUAACAAAAAGAUGAGUAGUAGGAAGUAUCCUAAACUAAAGGACGUUGAUGAUGUGCUCGGUGGAGCUGCUGCUUGGGAGAAUGUAGACUCUACAGAAGAAACAUGCCCCAAGUGUGAACACAAUAGAGCAUACUUUAUGCAGAUUCAAACCCGCUCUGCUGAUGAACCAAUGACAAUAUUUUACAAAUGUUGCAACGCACAAUGUGGCCACAGGUGGAGAGAGUAGCACAUAGACAAACAACAGGAUGAAUGUUUAAGCUGCAAGCCACAGUACCAGAUUAAGGAAAUACAAAGAAGCAGUAAAGUUGAAGGUGAAAACUGCUGCAUGUAGGACUG